AUGUUUGUCAUUCCGGUCUGUCUCUCACGUGCAACAAGAACAUUCACUCCGGACGAUGAGCAGAAAUUCGUGGAAGGCAAGUAUCGAUGCGUUGACUGUCGCGUUGGAACCGUGGACAUGAACAUCAACCAGAGAAAGGAUCAUCUGCGAGAGCUUCUCGAUUCCCUGAGUGCACAGUUAGAGAAUAAUGUGGAUGUGCUGCAAGAUGUGAUUGCUGAACGAGAGAAACUCGAUGGGAUUCUUAAAGAAUUUGUGAUGAGUCAGACCGACAACAAGAUCAAAUCGGAUGCGAAUAUCGAUCGCAUCGAAGAAGUGGUCGAUUUGCUCGAUUUGCAACCUGAUGCUUCUGUGACUCCGAAGCUCCAUCUUCUCAACAGCCUCGCGAGUCGUUUCGCUUCCGUCCGGGACGUGAGGCUCCACUUCGUUCCGUCCGAGAGCAUCAUUCCGCCGUCUCCAUUCUGUUCUUCCAAACACUGCUUUUCCCCAGUCUUCGAGGAUACCUAG